AUGGCACCGUCCGAAAUGAACGCCGACGCCGAGUCGGUCUACUUCAACAACUUCCCUCCCCCCAAAUCCCUACCGAAACACGAAGCUCUCGCGCGAGCGUUCAUCGACUACCAUGUGGAAGCCAAUCGGCGCGUCGUGCUCGUCACGUCCGGCGGAACCACCGUGCCGCUAGAGAACCAGACCGUGCGAUUCAUCGAUAACUUCUCUGCCGGAACGAGAGGCGCCACGUCGGCGGAAUAUUUCCUGCAGGAGGGCUACGCUGUGAUCUUCCUGCACCGGCAGUUCAGUCUGCUACCGUACUCGCGACACUACAGCCACUCGACCAAUUGUUUCUUAGACUUCAUGGAUGAAGCGCCCCCCUCAGAGUCAACGGGAUCGGACCACGGGUCCGUCGUGGUGCGCAGUGAAUACCAGAACGAGAUGCGGGACGUGUUGCGGAAAUACCGGUAUGCGAAGAAGAACAAUCUCCUGCUGCUGCUGCCGUUCACUACGAUCGCCGAAUAUCUGUUCGAGCUGCGGUCGCUGUCUCAAUUAAUGAGACCGCUGGGUCCCAACGCGCUCUUCUACCUGGCCGCCGCGGUCAGCGACUUCUUCAUUCCCCGCGAUCGCAUGUCCGAGCACAAGAUUCAAUCGUCUGAGCUGCCCCCGGAAUUCAGCAAGAGCGAAGAAGCGGUCGAUUCGUCGGACAUCUACACGGGCGGCCUCAACGCCACGGCCCCCGGUAAUAGCAAGAAACUGGUCAUCGAUCUGGAUCCGGUGCCGAAGUUCCUGCACCGAUUGGUGGAUGGCUGGGCCCCCGAGGGCAGCAUGAUCGUGUCGUUCAAGCUUGAGACGGAUCCCAAUCUGUUGGUGUACAAGGCGCAGACGGCGCUCAAGCGGUACUCACAUCACCUGGUGAUCGGGAAUAUGCUCUCGACUCGCAAAUGGGAGGUUGUUUUCGUCACGCCCGACGCGCCGUACGAGCGAUGGAUCCGCGUGCCUAAAUCCCGACGCAGCAAGAGCAUCUCGGGCGCAGAGGACAUGGUUGGACUGGCGGAAGCCAAGCGGGCGGAAAAUGAGGCGAAUAGUCAAUCCGGGGAUAACGGCGAGGCGCGACAGGCCGAUAGCGGUCCCGAGGGAGUCGAGAUUGAGAACCUGAUCAUCCCGGAGUUGGUCAAAUUACACACGAAGAGGAUCAACACACAUAACAGCAAGGCAUGA